GUGAAAUUAAAAAUAAAAUUAUAUAGUGCGCAAUAAGAUACAUAAUUUAAAAGUAUUAGUAUAAAAAUGAGUAAGCACAUGUAUUCAACCGCUAAUCUGACAGAUCAAGAAUUAAAAGAUCAGGGAAAUCGUAUGUUUAGUCAGCGAAAAUAUGAAGAUGCGGCCAAUUGUUACUCAAAGGCUAUUAUCAAAAAUCCAAAUAUGGCAACAUAUUUUACAAAUCGUGCUUUGUGUCACUUGAAACUUAAGAGAUGGGAUGCAUCUUGCCAGGACUGCAGACGUGCCUUGGAUAUGGACUCUAAUUUAAUAAAAGGACACUUUUUUCUCGGACAGGCUUUACUAGAAUUAGAAUUAUAUGACGAAGCAAUUAAGCAUUUACAAAGAGCAAACGAUUUGGCUAAAGAACAGAAGUUAAAUUUUGGUGAUGAUAUCGCUUCACAAAUUAGAUUAGCUAGGAAAAAGAGGUGGAAUGUUCAAGAAGAGAAGAGGAUUGCUCAGGAAAUAGAAUUACAGUCGUAUUUAAAUAGGUUAAUAAAAGAAGAUAUGGAAAACAAAAUACAACAAUUGAAAUCUGAAAAUAGAAAUAAUGAAGAAUAUAUUAGUCAAAUGUCUUCUGAAAUACAACAAAACUGUGAGAAUUAUGCAAGAGAAUUAAAUAAUUUAUUUGAAAAAGUUGAUGACAGAAGGAGGAAACGAGAAGUACCUGACUACUUAUGUGGCAAAAUCAGCUUUGAAAUUCUUAAUGAACCUGUUAUAACACCAAGUGGGAUUACAUAUGAAAGGAAAGAUAUUGAAGAACAUUUGCAAAGAGUUGGUCACUUUGAUCCUGUAACUAGAGUUAAACUCACACAAGAUCAACUCAUACCCAAUUUCACAAUGAAGGAAGUUGUCGAUUCAUUUUUACAGGAAAAUGAAUGGGCUAUUGACUACUAAAUAUUGUUAAACGAUUAUUGCUUUUUCAAAUGAAAAUAAUUAUUAUAAAAUAUCUAAUUUAGCCU